AUGCAGCUUAGCCCUCUACAAUCGCGACUGGCGGCCUCGCUGAUUGCCUCGUUGCUGCUGGUUCUCAUCUACUAUCUACUGUCCACGCCCACAUUCGCCCUUGCUGCGGAAGUGACUGGUGCGACUCAGCCACUAUUGGACGAUUUCCAAUUCGAUGAUUCCCUACAACAAAGAAGUCACCUCGAACCAACCUACGAGCCAGAAUUUGCUGCCUUUGACCGCAGUAUCAUUGGAAGGGCGCCUGCCGGCGUAACGGGCCUCGUGAAUAACGUCAAAAUCAACCGCAAUGUCCCGGGGAACACGACCCAGAACUUCGUCUUCGAGGCGAUUGCAAUCUUUGCCAACUUCUUCGAUGGAAUGGAUGACGCGUUUAUGGUGGAGCCUCGCGAGGGCGUCAAUGACUCUUUCUCGCCAGAGCUGGUCUCCACGGAGGAUGAAGAUCUCGAGAACGAGACUCGCGGCUUGCGACGCAGACAGGCUCAGGGCAGGAUGGUGUAUAUUUCGGCCACCACAUGUAUACAGCCGCAGCGCGCGGCGAACAACACAAAGGAAGAUCCACCACAGAUUACAAUGUACAUCUCGACGUCCCAGGACAAUCAAACCCCCGGGCCGGGACAGAACGCGUCCAUACAAAAGACCGUUAAGUUUGAGGAAGGCGCCGCUAUAUUUAGCGUCAAUGCGACAGGGGACGUGUUCAUCGGAAUAGGUGCGCCAGAGAAGGAUAGCGAAAAGUUCACUGGAGACUGGAACUUUGACGUUGCGGUGUCGACGGACGAGUACUAUCACAGCUUCGAUACGAACCCCUCUGAACUUCUUUGGGUCGACAGCGAUUCCAGCGCCGCUCUCUUGACCACUCGAAACCUGACGGAUUCUCAAAAUGAGACGCUGAUCCAGGAGAUUAUGGAGCAGGGCCCUCCGUUUGUCAUGUUCGUUGAGAACCGAGAUCAGCCCACCACCAAGGGUGUACGACGUUCCAUGUGCGGACUCGAGAACUAUGCACAGAUUGCAGCGAAGAAGGGCGGCCAGUUCGGCAACCUUGCAAGCACCGUCAUGACUACGAGAGGUCCUGGCAACCUGCCAAAGCAGCAAUUCUUCUUCAACGGGCUCAAUGCGAGUGCCCUCUACACGGGCAUCCUCGUUCAGGUUAGUAACUCGUCGGCGUUGAAGAAGCGUCAAGAUGGGGGUUCAACUGGAGGCGGCGGCCGAGUCUUCGAGGCGACGCCGUUCGAGACCAAAGACGGUAUGCAUAUGACUGGAAAUGCAUUGUUUGUGGCCAUGGCUGACUUGACAUCAGGCGAGAACUGCAAGAUCAUCACUGACUUGCAAUUCUGCAACGAAACGGAGUAUGCCGUGCCGGCCAACUCUAACAAGAUGAACAUCACCCAGCUCGCGCAGUUCUACGACAACUACGCGAGGGACAUGUAUGCCAACUUCCAGAAGCAGCUCGCGCAGGUGGCUUGCGAGGCCCCGCCAGUCCAGCGGUACUCUCUCGCUCGAGACUGCUCCGACUGCGAAAUCGCGUACAAGAAGUGGCUGUGCUCGGUAACGAUUCCUCGAUGCGAGGACUUUACCAGCCCGACCAACUUUUCGCUCGUCCGGAACGCACAGCAGUCAUUCCCCAAUGGCACUCUGCUCCCCGCCGACAUACAGGCCAAUUUCAGUGCUAGGGUCAACCAGCAGUCAAGAAACCCCCUCAUCGACGAGAUGAUCGAGCCGGGUCCGUACCGGGAAAUUCUCCCCUGCGCCUACCUCUGCUACGACUUGGUGCAGAGCUGCCCGGCGUCGUUGGGCUUCAACUGUCCGACGCCGGAUGACGCCGUAUUUAAUUCGAGCUACGCCCUCCAAGUAGACGGUGCCCUGACCUGCAACUACCCAGGAGCGGUUCAUAAUCCUUCAGCGUCCUCGCUACUGUCGGUGUCGUGGGGUUUGCUAUCGGCUCUUGUCCUCGGUACGCUCAGCGCAGUCAUGAUCUGA